AUGAUCACAAUAUUCAAGGGCAAUCCCUUUGACAUUGUGAAAUGUCCUUUUCUUUGCCUAAAACAGCAUAUCUAUCUAUCUAUCUAUCUAUCUAUCUAUCUAUCUAUCUAUCUAUCUAUCUAUCUAUCUCAUUCUGUUCAUAUCUAUCUCAUUCUGUUCAUAUCUAUCUCAUUCUGUUCAUAUCUAUCUAUCUAUCUAUCUAUCUAUCUAUCUAUCUAUCUAUCUAUCUAUCUAUCUCAUUCUGUUCAUAUCUAUCUAAUUCUGUUCAUAUCUAUCUAUCUAUCUAUCUAUCUAUCUAUCUAUCUCAUUCUGUUCAUAUCUAUCUCAUUCUGUUCAUAUCUAUCUAUCUAUCUAUCUAUCUAUCUAUCUAUCUAUCUAUCUAUCUCAUUCUGUUCAUAUCUAUCUAAUUCUGUUCAUAUCUAUCUAUCUAUCUAUCUAUCUAUCUAUCUAUCUAUCUAUCUAUCUAUCUAUCUCAUUCUUUUUCUUUCUUUUUCUCUCUAUGUUUCUUUCUUUCUUUUUUUCUUUCUUUCUUUCGAUCUGCAUGUAAAUUUUCUAUCUAUCUAUCUAUCUAUCUAUCUAUCUAUCUAUCUAUCUAUCUCAUUCUGUUCAUAUCUAUCUAAUUCUGUUCAUAUCUAUCUAUCUAUCUAUCUAUCUAUCUAUCUAUCUAUCUCAUUCUGUUCAUAUCUAUCUAAUUCUGUUCAUAUCUAUCUAUCUAUCUAUCUAUCUAUCUAUCUAUCUAUCUAUCUAUCUCAUUCUGUUCAUAUCUAUCUCAUUCUGUUCAUAUCUAUCUAUCUAUCUAUCUAUCUAUCUAUCUAUCUAUCUAUCUAUGUGUGUAAGUUUUCUUUCUUUCUCUCUAUGUUUCUUUCUUUCUUUUUUUCUUUCUUUCUUUCGAUCUGCAUGUACAUUUUCUAUCUAUCUAUCUAUCUAUCUAUCUAUCUAUCUAUCUAUCUAUCUAUCUAUCUAAUGUUUAUUUCUAUUUAUCUAUAUCAGCUAACUUAUCUUUCUUUUCUACAAUACAUAUUUUCUCUUUUCUAUAAUGCAUUCUUUCUAUUUUUUGCAAGAAAUUCUUUCUCUUUUCUACAAUGCAUUCUUUUUCUACACUGGAUAUUUUCUCUUUACUACAAUGCAUCAUUUCUCUUUCUAAAAUACAUUCUGUUCUAUAAUCCAUACUUUCUCUUUUCUACAAUACAUUCUUUCUUUUCUACAACUUAUUGUUUCUUUUUUUUACUACAAUACAUUUUUCUCUUUGCUACAAUCCAUACAUUUCUCUUUACUACAACACUUUCUUUCUCUUUUCUACAAUACAUACUUUCUCUUUUCUAUAAUGCAUUCUUUGUCCUUUUCUACAAUGCAUACUUUUCUGUUUUCUGCAAUACAUACUUUCUCAUUUUUCUACAAUACACUCUUUCUCUUUUUCUACAAAGCAUUCUUUCUCUUUUCUACAAUCCAUUUUUUCUCUUUACAAUAAUACAUUUUUUCUAUUUUAUUCAGUGCAUCUUUUAUGCAAUUAUUUUCCCCUUUUCUUCAAUGCAUCCUAUUUUCUUACUACACUUCAUACAUUUUUUCUUUUUCUACAUUUCGUUUUUUCUCUUUCCUACUAUCCGUUCCGGUCUUUCCUGCAAUCCAUUCUUUUUUACGGUCCAAUUUUUUAUCUUUUCUUCAAUUCAGUUAUUUCCUUCAAUCCAUUCUAUUUCCCUUCUACAAUCCAUUCUCCCCUCUUUCUACAACACCCACUCCUUUUACAACCUUUUUUUCCUCAAUUUUAACAAUUCAUUCUGUUGUCCUUUCUGUAAUUCUAACGGAGCUAAUUGCAAAUAUUAG